AUGUCAUAUAAUCAAAAGAUUCGAACUGGGUGGUUUUUGUAUCUUCCUGUUGAACCGAAUUCUCCUCAUAAAGCUUUCAUGUGGGUAGAGAUCAAAGAUCAUUGGUUAAUGAUAUCUAAAAGGCAUGAUGAUUCUCCUUUCAUAUCUUUAAAUCUAGGUCUUUCAACUAUAAAAUUAGAAAACUUAGGCGAAGCGAAUGUAUCAUCAAAUAGCAUCAUCGUUGAAACUACAGAUUUCCAAAAAGGCUCUUCUAUUUGUUUAACUUCGAAAAAUAGAUUUGAUCUUCUUGCAUUUUGCAAAGGCUACAUAGGAGCAUUAGAAGCUUGGAAAGACUAUAUGCAAUAUCGACAAGUUGAUGAACAAAUUUCAUUUGAUUGCAUAGAUAAUUCUACAACAGUAAUUGGAGAAGAAUUAUCUAUUUCGAUUGAUUCCAAAUGUCUUAAUAUCCAAAGAUCUACAAAUAAUGUCGUUCAAAUAAGCUUUGAAAACAUACAAAAUUGUAAACCAAUAAUUUAUGACGAAACAUACGGAUUUAAGCUCGAAAUUGAAUACAACAAUGGAGAAAAACUUCUUCUCAAGUGCGCUUCUUAUCAAGAUAUGAUUACAAUCGUUAAUAACAUUCAUUAUCGAUUAACAAUGAAUUCUGCAGCUAAUCAAUCACCUAAGAUGAUGCAAAAUAACCUUCAGGCUGCACAGAUGUACGCUAUGAACCCUGGUCUCAUGCAAAAUCAGAAUAUGAUGUUUAUGCCUCAAUUUGCAGCGAUGAUGGGUCAAGCACAGCCUCAAAUGGCCGUCUCUCCACAGUUUGCAGCAUCUCCGAUGUUCCAAUUCAAUGCUCCUGAGUUUUAUAAUAAUAUGAAUUCUCCUUCUUUCGCAAAUCAACAGUUUACCAUGGCCUACGGUUAUUCUCCUAUGAAUAACUCUCCAAUUAUGACCGAAUCAAGCUUUGGACAGCAUCAGAUGCAAACUUUUAUUCCUGCAUCGCCUCCUCCUCCGCCUACUGAUGUUCCAGUGCCGGAACCUCAAAAAGCUCCAGAAGUUCCUCCACCGGAACCAGAAAAAGUUGAAGAACCAAAAGAAAUUCCACAGCCAGAACCAGAAAUUCCAAAAAUAGAAGAAAAACCCGAAGAAACUGAGAAAAACGAAGAGGAAGAAGAAUUUAAGGAUCCCUUUGAUGAAGAAGAAUUCUUCUGA